GAUGAUGAAUUGCAUGAUGACGUAGCAAAGGUGCUGAAGGAAAGAGAGAAAAUGAAACGAGAGGGCUCGACGCUCUCCUUCGACAGUGCUAGCGAUACUUCCGAACUGAAAAACAGUGCUGAAGAAACGUGGAAUCGCAGCAAGGAAGCAAAAGAUGGAAUGCUGACUGCUCUUACUGGAUUUUAUAGCCUGUUUCUCACAAUUUUCGCUCUUGUUCUUGAACUGUCUCACCUACUUUCUGGUGAAGAACAAAGAGAAAUUAACACGAAGGAUUUGAUAUUUGGAAUGUACGUGUAUGGGGUGUCAAUUCUAUUCUUUAUCUACAUGUAUGUGGUACUACUUCUUAACCCGCGUUGGUAUUGGACAAUUGAUGCCAUUAAGAGGCAGGUAAAGAGGUUCGAGUCGUACGAGCCUUCUGUCUCGUCGGCCGUCGCCACCGUGAGGAAAGUCACUCAUUGCGGGCCGUCUGCCGGGAGCUUAUUUCUGAGACUGGGAUGUGUUGUUUUUGGCGUGAUUGGUGUCGUCUACUAUUCGUUUCUGGUGUUUCUGUGCACUUCUGACGCCAAUUGCUCAUCACUCUCUCUUUCUCUUGACGCUUGUGCUAUCGUGUUCAUUUUCACUCAGAUGCACUUCAUUUUCUGCAACUCUAAGGUAAUUAGGUGA